GCGGCAUACGUCAAAAUUGACGUGUGUAUAUGUAUGUAUAUUACCAUAUUGUAUAAUCGGUCAAUUUUCAGAUAUUUUUAAAGAUAUUAACUUUUUUGAAAAAAUGGGAGGUCACGGUCAUGGGUCACCAAUAAAAAUACCGAGUCCUGAUAUAUACAAAGUAGAGGAUGUGCCAAAGCUUAAAAUGGUCCAAGACGAGCUAGCUAAACUUGGGUUGAAGGACCCUUGGUUAAGAAAUGAAGUUUGGCGUUAUACAGGACUACCUGGUAAUUCACAUUUCCUACGAGUAUUUAGGGGAGUUACCAGGGGUAUGCUAGUCGGGUUUGCAGCAUUUUUAGUAACAAUAGGUAUAGAAAACUAUUUUGGAAUUACUUAUGGCAAAAAACAUCAUAAUAAACAUGGUAACCAUGAUGAUCAUCAUUAAUAUUAUAUAAAGACAUAUUUGGUACAUACAGGAAAUAUUAAAUAGCUUAAAUUACUGUUAUAUGUAUUAUAGCUGUAGAAAUAAAUUAUAAUUUGAGAUUUAAA